CUCUCUCUGCUAUCGUUCUGUCUGUAAGAAAAUCGCCUCCCUCUUCAACCACUAUUCCAUUCACUCUCCCCGUCUCCGUAUACAUAUUAUACGUACACGCAUAUUUUGUAUAUAUAUAUAUAGAGAGAGAGAGAGAGACAGAGUCAGAGAGCGCUCUUCUCAAAGCAUGCAUGUAAUCGUCCAUGGACUCCGACAAGCCGAUGUUCAAUUCUGCCCCGUGGAGCACCCCGUCCCGACCCGCCUUGGCCCCGCUCCUCUUCCUCUUCUCCGUCAUCGCAAUCCUGUCCCUGCAGCUCACCCCUAGGUCUCCGGGCAUCCCCGGCUCGCCGGUGAUUCACCCCGGGAAUAUCACUAACCCGACGAGGGAUGGGAGGCCGAGCUGCGGUGCGUUCUUCAGGGGGUCGGCGGAAAGGAAGGUGGUGAUGUCGAUAACGGACUUCGGGGGUGUCGGGGACGGGAGGACGUCGAACACGGAAGCGUUCCGGAGGGCGGUCCGGUUCAUGGGGAGGUUCGGGGACAGGGGUGGGUCCCAGCUGAACGUCCCCAAAGGGACGUGGCUCACGGGGAGCUUCAACCUCACCAGCAACUUCACGCUCUUCCUCGAAGAGGGCGCUUUGAUUUUGGGAUCUCAGGAGCCAGAGGAUUGGCCAAUUAUCAAGCCGUUACCUUCUUAUGGAAGAGGAAGAGAGAGAUUAGGAGGAAGGCACAUAAGCCUUAUACACGGAGAUGGCCUCAUGAAUGUUGUCAUUACAGGAAAUAAUGGGACAAUAGAUGGACAAGGGAAGAUGUGGUGGGAGCUAUGGUGGAACAGGACACUGGAACACACAAGAGGCCACCUUGUAGAAAUCAUGAACUCGCAAAAUAUUCUCAUUUCCAACCUUACCUUCCAAAAUUCGCCAUUCUGGACCAUACACCCAGUCUAUUCCAGUAAUGUCGUUAUCAAAGACAUGACGAUCUUGGCUCCUCUGGAUGCCCCAAAUACUGACGGCAUAGAUCCUGACUCGAGCACCAACGUUUGCAUUGAAGACUGUUACAUCGAGAGUGGAGAUGAUCUGGUGGCAGUUAAAAGUGGAUGGGACCACUAUGGGAUUUCAAUGGCUCGUCCUAGCUUGAAUAUCACAAUUAGGAGAAUAUCGGGCACAACCCCGACAUGCUCUGGGGUUGGAAUUGGUAGUGAGAUGUCUGGAGGGAUCUCAAAUGUGACUAUAGAGGACCUCCAUGUUUGGGAUUCUGCUGCUGGGGUCCGUAUCAAAACUGAUGUAGGCCGAGGUGGAUAUGUAUCUAACAUAAGCAUUAGCAACAUCUUCAUGGAGAGAGUGAAAGUGCCAAUAAGGUUUAGUAGAGGCUCUAAUGACCACCCUGAUGACGGAUGGGACUCAAAAGCUGUCCCAACCAUAAAGGGAAUCUUUAUGAGCAACAUUUACAGUAUAAAUUCAACGAAAGCACCGGUAUUGGAGGGCAUGGAGGGUGCAGCAUUUGAAGAUAUCUGCAUGAGGAAUGUGACGACACUCGGACUCCGUCCAAACUUGAAGUGGCACUGUGAAUUUAUCUCAGGCUUUGCGGAUGGAGUUGUUCCAGCCCCGUGUUUAGAGAUGCAGAACAACAGUUCUUCUCUUUGCCUAUAAAAAGGAGGUCUUGGUUUGGGUCAGGCCUAAGCUUCACUCGAGCUCCAUAGAUUAGUGGUGGAGAUUCACAUACGUUGGGCGUGAAUGUAGUUUUUGCAUUUGACUGCUUACUGGACAGGGAACAACUAAGAGAGCUGAUCAUCUGCGGCUGAGGAGAGGAGCUCUUUGCUCAGGAGUCGGGAAUAUAACAAAUUUUGGCGAAUGAGGGUACGUUCUUUGAAGUUAGCCGAUAGAGUAACAUCAGGAACUUUCAGUUUUUUGCAUCUUUCUGAUGUUACCUUAAACUUAGGUCAUUCUUCGUUGUACACAACACAUCCCAUAGAUGUUUAAGUGAUGAUACACAGAGAGAGAGUUUGGCAUGUACAGAGAGAGACUUGAAAAGUUAAAUGAUUUUCUUUCCUCCA